AUGUGGGGAAACUAUGAGCUUGCUUCUCGAACAAAGACAGAUUCUGAUGAAUGCAGAUCAGCUACACUGUUAACCUGUAUUAGUUUUGAAACUCUAGACAUAUUGGAUGGGUUGCAGUUCGACAGUGAAAAUGAUAGGAGGAAAGUCGAGAAAAUAUUGGACAAACUAGAAGCUGACUGCAUUGGCGAGACCAAUGAAACAUGGGAACGGUUCAACAAGCGGAAUCAAGAACACUUUGAAUCUGUUGAUACUUAUGCAGCAACCCUUAGGACUCUAGCUAAAACAUGCAAUUAUGGAACGCUUGAAGAUAGUCUCAUCAGGGAUCGAAUGGAUCCCCACCUGGAAAAGUUGGAAACUCUGGUCAAUACUACUCUUCGAAUGUACAUUGGAGUGAAAUCUCAAACUGUUGGCAAGUGUGCAGUGACUGUCAAAAAUCCCAGCAAUGAGGGUGAAUGCACCAUUGAAUUCUUGAUAACGAGGGACAGAGGCUCACCACCAAUACUUGGUGCAAUAGCUGUUCAACAAAUGCAGCUAAUCACUGUGAACUUUGAGAACAUUUUCCAGAUCUCAGGUAGUGGAGAGUUAGCAAGAUUGGACCUGACGGACAUAAUCCAUCGUUACAAGGAUGUAUUAGAGGGAGAGGGUACACUUGAUGGUUUGUUGCAUUUUGAAGUAGAUGAGACUGUGACACCAGUCCAGCUACCAUGUCGUAAGGUUCCACUUGCCUUACAACAGAAACUCAAGGCUGAACUUGAAAGACUGACUGAUCUGAAGAUCAUCACCCCUGUGAAUGUUCCUACUGACUGGAUCUCUGCCCUUGUUGUGGUCAAGAAACAGGGUACUGACAAGAUAAGGAUCUGCAUAGAUCCUAAACCACUGAAUCAAGCUCUCAAGAGGAAUCAUUAUCCAAUAAAGACAAUUGACGACAUUCUGCCGGAAUUAUCAAACGCUAAGUGCUUUACUUUAGCAGAUGCUAAAAAUGGAUUUUGGCAUAUCCAACUGGAGGAGGAAAGCAGUUUCUUGACAACAUUUGAAACACCUUGGGGCCGUUACCGUUGGCUACGAAUGCCAUUCGGGUUGUCACCAGCACCUGAGGAGUUUUAG